CGGCCCCGCCCGGCCCCGAGCCGCCGCCGCCGCCGCCGCCCCUCGCCCGCCCCCGGCCCCGGGGCCGCGGCUGGCAGCGGCUGGGGCGGGCAGCGGCGGGGCUGAACGGGGCCAAACGGGGCCAAACGCCGCCAAACGCCGCCAAACGCCACCAAACGGGGCCGAACGCGGACAAACGGGGCCGAACGGGGGCUGAACGCGAUCAAACGGGGGCUGAACGGCACCGAACGGCACCGAACGGGGCUGAACGCAAAGCCAAACGGGGCCAAACGCCACCAAACGGGGCCAAACGCCACCAAACGGGGCUGAACGCGGCCAAACGGGACUGAACGGGACCGAACGGGGCUGAACGGGACCGAACAGGGCCGAACGGGGCCGAACGGGUCGCCAUGGCCGGCAGGACCCGCGGUGGCGGUGGUGGCGGUGGCGGUGGCGGCGGUGGCGGCGAGGCGCUGCGGGUGGUGGCGCGGUGCCGUCCGCUGAGCCGCCGGGAGGAGGCUGCGGGCUGCGAACGCAUCGUGGAGCUGGAGCCCGGGCUUGGCCGCGUGAGCAUCCGCAACCCGCGCGCGGCGCCCGGCGAACCGCCCAAGACCUUCACCUUCGACGCCGUCUACGACGCCGGGGCGAGGCAGGCCGAGCUGUACGACGAGAGCGUGAGGCCGCUGGUGGACGCGGUGCUGCGGGGCUUCAACGGCACCGUGCUGGCCUACGGGCAGACGGGCACCGGCAAGACCUACACCAUGCAGGGCUCGUGGGCCGAGCCGGAGAAACGCGGCGUCAUCCCCAGCGCCUUCGAGCACAUCUUCACGCACAUCUCGCGCUCGCAGAACCAGCAGUACCUGGUGCGCGCCUCCUACCUGGAGAUCUACCAGGAGGAGAUCCGCGACCUGCUGGCCAAGGACCCCGGCAAGAAGCUGGAGCUGAAGGAGAGCCCCGAGACCGGGGUGUACAUCAAGGACCUCUCCUCCUUCGUCACCAAGAACGUCAAGGAGAUCGAGCACGUGAUGAACCUGGGCAGCCAGGCGCGCGCCGUGGGCAGCACCAACAUGAACGAGUACAGCUCGCGCUCCCACGCCAUCUUCCUCAUCACCGUCGAGUGCAGCGAGACGGGGCCGGACGGCGAGGAGCACAUCCGCGUGGGCAAGCUCAACCUGGUGGACCUGGCCGGCAGCGAGCGCCAGGGCAAAAUGGGAGCCCACGGAGAGCGCCCCAAGGAGGCCUCCAAGAUCAACCUCUCCCUCUCCGCCUUGGGCAACGUUAUCUCUGCCCUCGUGGACGGGCGCAGCACGCACAUCCCCUACAGGGACUCCAAGCUCACCCGCCUGCUGCAGGACUCCCUGGGGGGCAACGCCAAGACCAUCAUGGUGGCCACCCUGGGCCCAGCCUCGCACAGCUACGACGAGAGCCUCUCCACCCUCAGGUUCGCCAACAGGGCCAAGAACAUCAAGAACAAGCCCCGGGUGAACGAGGACCCCAAGGACACGUUGCUGCGGGAGUUUCAGGAGGAGAUCGUCCGGCUGAAGGCCCAGCUGGAGAAGCGCGGCAUGUUGGGCAAGAAGAGGAGAAGGAGCAGCCGGAGGAAGAAGGCGGUGGAUGGAGAAAGCGCCACGGAGAACGAAGGGGAGGAUGAGAACGAGGACGGCCUGGAGAAGAACAUGGAGAACUACCUGAAGGAGCAGAAGGAGAGGCUGGAGGAGGAGAAGGCCGCCAUCCAGGACGACCACAGCCUGGUGAGCGAGGAGAAGCAGAAGCUGCUGGAGGAGAAGGAGAAGAUGAUAGAGGACCUGCGGAAGGAGCAGGAGGCCACGGAGCUGCUGGCCACCAAGUACAAGGCCAUGGAGAGCAAGCUGCUGAUCGGCGGCAGGACCAUCAUGGACCACACCAACGAGCAGCAGAAGAUGCUGGAGCUGAAGCGGCAGGAGAUCGCCGAGCAGAAACGCCGCGAGAGGGAGAUGCAGCAGGAGAUGCUGCUGCGGGACGAGGAGACCAUGGAGCUGCGGGAGACCUACACGUCGCUGCAGCAGGAGGUGGAGAUCAAAACCAAGAAGCUGAAGAAGCUGUACGCCAAGCUGCAGGCGGUGAAGGCGGAGAUCCAGGACCAGCACGACGAGUACAUCCGCGUGCGGCAGGACCUGGAGGAGGCGCAGAACGAGCAGACGCGGGAGCUGAAGCUCAAGUACCUGAUCAUCGAGAACUUCAUCCCUCCGGAGGAGAAGAACAAAAUCGUCAACCGCCUCUACUUCGACUGCGAGGAGGACCAGUGGAAAUUCCAGCCGCUGGUGCCGGCCGGCGGGUGCGUGCGGCUCCCCGCCAGCUGGGGCGAGGAGCGGGGAAGCAGCAGCCAGAUGAAGAAGAGGCCCACGUCGGCCGUGGGGUACAAGAGACCCAUCAGCCAGUACGCACGCGUGGCCAUGGCCAUGGGAUCGCAUCCGCGCUACCGGGCUGAGAACAUCAUGUUCUUGGAGCUGGACGUCUCCCCUCCGGCCGUGUUCGAGUUUGAGCGGAGCAGGGACCCGGCCGAGCAGGACCCGCGGGCUCUGCACCUGGAGAGGCUGAUGCACCUCGACAGCCUCCUGGAGCGGCCGGCGGCCUCCCGCGUGAGGAAAUCCCGCUCCUGGUGCCAGACGCCGCGGUCGCUGCCGUCCUCCACCACGCACGUCGCCCUCGCCGCCGGCUCCCCGCGCGCCUCCACGACGCCGGCGCAGGAGUGACCGCCCCGAGCCCCUGCCCCGCGAGGACUGAGCCCGUCGGCGGCUGCCUCCAGCGCUGACGGGGCCAAGGAACGGCCCCGCCGGCAGCACCUCCACCGCCGGCAGCGCCUCCACCGCUCCCCGUUCGUCUUUGUCUUCAGCUACUUCGGUGUGCGCCUGUGUUUGUGUGAGACGCUCGUGAGCAGCCCCCCCUCCCCGGGGCGAUGGGAGCUGCCCCCUUCCUUCUUUUUCCUUCUUUUUCCUUCCUCCCCCUCACCUCCCCCCCCGCCUUCCCUAGUCUGAAUCUGUCACUUUAUUUAUUUAACGUAUUUAUUUAUGGAGUGGUCGGUGAGCAGAGGCAGGAGGCGCGGUGGCGCUGCGGGACGCCCGAGGCUGGCACCGCGCGGGUCCCUUCGCUGGGACGUGGGGCCCCGAGCCCGCCGAGCCCCCCACCCCAUGGCCCCUGAAGGCUUUGGCACGGGGCGAGGCAGCUCCGGACCCUCCCUGCUGCGCUCACCAGAUCCCACGGAGCUUCCCCUAAAGUCUGUGCUGCGGCUCGUGGCAACAUCUGCAAGGUUUUGGAGACGUCCCGGUGGCAGACCCUCACCCUGGGCUUUGUGGAGACCACGGGGGGCUCACCGGUGGCGGCGGCGAUGUCUCGCUGACUUCUGCACGUGGCUGAACCUCCACGCUGCCAGCUCCAUCCACCAUGAGGGCCUGGGAGAUGCCCAAAGGGCCUCUGGAGGUGGCUGCCCCGGUCCUGCGUGGCCGUCUGACACCCGGCUUGCCCUGACCGUGCGCGUGUGUGGCUGCAGAGCAAGGACAGGAGGUGGGGAGCUCCGUCCCCUUCCACCCAAGGAGCCACGUAGUCUGAGGAGCAGCAUUGCCUGAGUGAAACCCACACUACAAUUUCCAUCUUUUCUGGCAACUAAAGGAAAUGUGGCACAAAAUGGUGAUGCCUGGAGGAGUGACCUCAGCACAGCUCUCCUCUGGGCUGGAAACGCUGCGCUGGGGGCUGGGGAACGCUCCUGGUCGCUCUGGGGGUGGUGGAGGGAGAGCUGAUGGAUGUGAGAUGGGUAAUGGGUGUGAGCAGCAAGCAGCAGGGCUCCUCCGCCCGGCACAGCAACCAGAAACCCAUCCCAGGCAGCAGCACACGGCAUUGCCAGGACUGUCACUCGGUGUCCCCAAAUGGUUCAGCUUUGGGCAGUAGGGUCGGAGAGGGGUCCUGGGACCAUUUCCAUGCCAGGGCAGCAGCUUGGGCACGGAAAGCUGUGGUUUAUCUGGGAUGGUUUUCAGGUUUGGGGAGGUGGAGCUGAGUUAUGGGGUCCCGAUGGAUGGGGGAGCGACCCCCUGGUGCACCAGGACGUUGUGGGUUUGCUGAAGCCAGAAGGGAUGGGGUGCUGGUGUGGAGGGGAACCCUGAGCUACAGCUGCUUGGGACCAAGUGCCACCUCUCAGGAGAGGCCCCACAGCCACUCGGCCAGGCUGGGGUGCCCGAACCUUCGUGCUCUUCCCCUGACCCAUCCUCUGCUGUGGGACCUUCUCCCGUUCCCCCGUGGCACUGUCCUGCUUUGUGUUAACUGCCCCGUGCUUCUGCUGCCAUCCUCCCUUCUCCACCUGCUUUCUGUCUGAAUACAAACUUGCCCUGGAAGUUCGGGCAGGAAUUGAGCAGCGAAGGCUGCACCGUUGGGUAGGGAAAAAAAAAUCCCAGGGAGGGGAGCGAGCGCGUGGUGCUGCUGAGCGCAGGGCAGGGCGCACAAGGAAGGGGCUUUGGAGGUGGAGGAUGGGUCCCUGGGUCUCUCCCGUGGCUGGUGGCGAUUUCAGCCCGCUCACAGCACCGUGGCAGGGUGGGGAAGCAGAGGAUGGAGACCCAGCUCCUCCUUCCAUUUCCAGGAUGGCCUCGGGGAGCACAAAGUUGGGAAGCAGAGACCUAAGAAAGGAAAUCUGUCUGCACGGCAUCCUGCAGGGGUAUUUUCUCUUCCCUUCUUCCUCGCCUUCCAGCUGCCCCAAGUUCAUUUUCAGCCGGGUCGGUGGCUCCUUGAGACCCGAGGUGGGGAACCAGGGCACAGCAGGCGAGGCCGAGGGCUGGUGGCAGGGGCCAGCAACGUGCUGCCACCCACGGGCUCCAUCACCUGCCUGGCUUCUGGAGCUUGUUUUUCGUGGGACAAUCCCUGUGUCCCCAUCCAGGGCUGCUCGCCAAAACGCCUCCAGGCCAUGCGCCGUGGGCCGGGGACGCUGCUGCCCCUGCCUUGCAAUGCUGGGCCAGGCCACUCGCAGCCUCCCUGCGUGGCUGCAACGAGCUGGGGUGAAUUAUUUGUACCGUUCCUCGUUCUUUGUACGUCGGUGCGUGUGGUAUUUCCAUAGGGGUGUGUGUAGGCGUGUGUGGGUGCGCGCGUGUGUAGCCAAGGGAUCUCUUCACCUUCGAUGUGCGUGUGAGUCCAGGGGCAAGUUCCAGAGGGGGGGCAGUGGGCUGGGGUGGGGCCCUUUUUUUUUUUUUAUUAUUUUAAUUGGUUAUUUAGUUAUUUUUGGUUUCAGGUUUGGAUUUUAUUUAUUUUUUUUUUUUGCAAGGGGUGGGCUGGGGUCUGUUUCGGAUCGAUGGACAAGGUGAGGGCCUUGAUUAGAACCAAAUUUUUGUGCCUGUUGCUAUGGUGACCUGUUUAGAAAUCAAAAGUUUACCGUACGGUGGCCCAUCCUUGUCGCUAUACAUAAUGAAUAUACGGGACAUAUUAUAAAUAUAUAUAUAUUAUACAUACUGUAUGGAGAGAGGUCACGGAUCUCACCCCCCCCUCUGGCUUUGGAUGGACACCUCCUCAAUAUUCUGUAAUGUAGCUUUGACUCGGUGCUGGGCGUGCUCAGAAGGCGCCGGCACUCCUCAAAAACUGGCAAUGACACCAAUAAAGGAAUGAGCAUCAUCGCG